GAUAAACAGUGUGAGAAGAGUGAGCAGUGAGAGUGGGAUGGGUGUUAACUUUUGAGCGAAGCAUUCAGCAAAAUGUCGCUCGAGGUUAACGUAAUAAGUGCAUCAAAUGUGCCAAAAGAGACUUUUGGAAAGAGUGAUCCAUAUGUCAAUAUAGAAUUUCAAGGUAUCAAAAAGAAAACUGAAGUGAUCAAAGAUGAAGAUAACCCUGUAUGGAACCAAAGCCUGGUGUUUGACCUCCAAGGCAAUGCCCUAUCACCAGGAGACCAGCUGGAGGUGCAGGUCAAAGACUGGGAGAAGAUUGGAAGAAACAGGCUCCUAGGUGCAGUAACUGUACCCUUGAAAGAUGUUCAGACGGGCAGUCACGCAGUUGAGCUUGACCUACCUUUGCAAGAUGCUAACAAGAGAACCUUGGCAGCCUCCAUUAAGCUGAAAAUUGUCUACAGUCCACCUAUACAAAAACAAACUGCUGCAACAGCAGAUGCUGCUCCAGAUGAAGUUGGUGGAGGUAUAGUUGAGGAUGGAGAAGAGGAUGAGGAUAUGGAAGGAGAUGAAGGUGAUGCUGCUGAUGGUGGUGAUGCUGCUGCUGAUGGAGGCGGGGUACCUGGUGCCCCUGGUGGGGGGAAGAAAAGGAAAAGAAAAAGGAAGAGGUAUAGAGGGAAGUUAUCCAACAAACCUCAAGAUUUCCAGGUGAGAAUCAGAGUGACAGAGGCCAGACAGUUACAAGGCUCUAAUAUUCACCCUGUGGCUCAAGUCAGUGUGUACAACCAGCUGAAGCAGACCCAUGUGAAGAAGUCCACUAACUCCCCCUACUGGAAUGAGGUCUUCUUUUGCAACUUUCAUGCCUCACCUGCAGAGCUGUUUGAUGAGCUGGUUGAAUUCAAGGUAUUUAAUUCAAGAAAGCUGAGAUCAGAUGCCUUGCUUGGGUCUUUCAAGUUUGAUAUUGGUAUGGUGUACGAGUCUCCAAAACAUGCCAUGUUGAACAAAUGGCUAUUGUUGACAGACCCAGAGGAUCCUAUGGGAGGAUCUAAAGGUUACCUCAAGAUGUCCAUCGUGGUCCUAGGCCCAGGGGACUCUGCUCCUGAUUUCAAGACCUCUGGAAAGGAUGAAGAGGAAGACAUUGAAGCAAACUUGUUGCGACCUGCAGGAGUGAAGCUGCGGCCAGGAACCUUCACAUUGAGACUGUACAGAGGAGAAGAUAUACCCAGGAUGGAUUCAGAUCUGAUGCAAGGAGUGAAGAAAUUACUCAGAAUUGGAGAAGAACAAAAAGAACUUGUUGACCCUUAUGUCAUCUUUUCUUUUGCUGGAAAAGAGGUAUCCUCCAAGACCUUGUACAACAAUGCUAAUCCAGAGUAUAACCAAGAGCUAAGACUUGGACUGAUGUUCCCAUCCAUGUGUGAGAGAGUUAAACUACAGGUGAUGGAUUGGGAUAGAGUGUCAGAAGAUGAUGCCAUAGGGGCCUUUUUUCUUCCCUUAUCACUCAUUUCUUCCCCUGGAGAAAGUGAAGACAAGGCGUUUGAGGGUUUUCUCCCAACAUUUGGGCCAUGUUUUAUCAACUUGUAUGGUUCCCCAAGAGAGUUCUCCGAAAUGCCUGAUGAGUACGAACACCUCAAUGAAGGAAAGGGAAAAGGCAGACAGGGUGAAGGAUGUGCCUAUAGGGGGCGCCUCUUGAUAGAAAUGAAGACGACAGUUGGAGAAUUGCCAGAGGUUCCUGUAGAGGACUUGCCAAAUGAUGACGUGCUCCGUGUACAAAAAUACAUGAGGCGACGCAAGUUUAAAUUGCAUGUGGCUUUCCUAAGUGCAACCAUGAUCAAUGCCACAGAUGCCCCUGUAGAGUUUGAAGUCAGCAUUGGUAAUUAUGGAAACAAGCUAGAUGAGAGUGUCACCCCCUGCGCCUCCACCACCCAGCCUACCAACCCUAUAUUUGAUGGCAACAGCUACUACUACCUCCCCUGGGGGGACACUAAGCCUUGUGUGGUGGUGGAUUCCCACUGGGAAGACAUAAGCUGGAGACUGGAGGCCCUCAACAUGCUCAAUAGAAUAUUGAUAAGGCUGCAAUCUCAUGUGAAAAGGGUAGAGUUAUCCAUCAAGUCCAACUCCUCUCUGGAAGAGAGAGCUGAGCUGCUGAUAGCCCUGCUGGACCAGCUUAUUGCAGACUGCAGUCAACCCUUGCCCCAACCAGAGCCAGGCAGACAUAUACCAAAUGAACUGGAUGUCCAUCUCCAGGAACACCGCCUGGCCGAACUGGAUUUUGUCAAGGGUGAGGCCUUAAAGUUGAGGGAGAAUGCCACUGAUGUGACAGAUGCUCUCCAAGAGGUUGAAGGACUUGCUUCUUGUCUGAAGAAUAUUGCAGUGGAGCCACAGAACAGUAUGCCGGAUGUGGUGUUUUGGAUGAUCUCAGGGGAGAAGAGGAUUGCUUUCUACAGGAUACCUGCCAACGAUGUCCUCUUCUCUGCUGAUGAAAACACAAUGGGGAAAGACUGUGGACAAAUAUCCACUCUUUUCUUGAGGUGGCCAUCGGAAAAGACAACAAAGACCACCAAGACAGACCUCCCUGGCGUGAUCAGAGCUAAAAUAUGGCUUGGCUUGGAGAAAGAUGAAAUGGAAUGGCAUAAAAUGCAAACAGCAGGAGAACUGGCGGUGUUUGCAGAGACUUAUGAAAAUCAAGUAGACAUGCCCAUAGUGGGAUGGACCAACAAAGGCCCUGCAUUGAGAAGACCAGCCUGGUCUGACAACACAGGAAAGUUAAAACUGAAAAAGGAGAAGUUUGUGCCACCCCCUGGUUGGCGCUGGGAGGGUGACUGGAAAAUCAGUCCAGAGCUGAGUCUCCAGUUUGACAGAGAUGCUGGUCACACUACUUUCCUGGAAGAUGUGUAUGAACAGCAGGCCAGAUACCCUGGGGGAGCCUGGGGACCCUCAUCACAGAGACCAUGGGCUGAUCUGAAAGGGGAUCCACUGUCCUCCCUGGAGGAGUUCCCUCUACCUGAGGGAUGGAAGUGGGAUGAUGCUUGGCAGGCAGACCUCAAAAGAGCUGUGGAUGAAGAGGGCUGGGAGUAUUGUGUGGAGGCAACACUGGGCAGCUAUGGGCCUGUAGAGAAGACAUUUCACCUGUGUAGGAGAAAGAGAUGGGUGAGACAAAGAACUCUGGUGGCAGAUAUGAAAAAACUGGCAGAAAAGGAAAAGCAACAAAAGGAGGUGCUGGAAGGCUGGGAGUAUGCACCAUUGUUUGGCAUGAAGUUCCACCUAAAGGAGAGAAAGAUGGACAUGGUCAGGAGGAGAAGAUGGCACAGGAAGAUGGUGGCAGAGACCAAGGGAGCAAGUUGUUUCUUUGCCAUUCAAGAUGAUGAUGACAAGGACAAAGAGAAAUAUUCAACAGCAUUAGCUGUGCCAAGGAUGUACUUGACUUUCAAGACUGUUCAGAAGUACCAGUUAAGAGCCUAUUUGUAUCAAGCCCGGGACUUACUUGCAGCAGACGACUCUGGUGUCUCAGACCCCUAUGCUGUAGUCUCUUUCCACACACAAAGUCAGACAACAGAGAAAUUGAAGAAAACACUGUGCCCAACCUGGGAUCAGACCCUGCUGUUUGAGGAAAUAGAAAUUCAUGGUGAUCCUCUCCUCAUAGAGCGCCAGCCACCAGAGAUCAUCAUUGAGUUCUUCGAUCACGAUGUGGUGGGCAACCCAGACUACCUGGGACGUGCAAUAAGUGUCCCGGUCGUCUUCCUUGAUCCCUCUCAGUACAAGCCCACCAGACUGAACUGGGUCCCCAUUAACAGAGGAAACAAGAGUGGAGGAGAACUACUGGCAGCAUUUGAACUGUUUGCUAUACCAGAGGAAAGUAUUGUUGAGCAAAGCAUCGGUGAACCAACGAUGACGGACAGAAAAGACUUGCCAUUCUACCCACCCAAGAAAGGAGACAACUUUAUUGUCCCCAGUGGCAUCAGGCCAGUAAUGCAGAGGACAGCUAUUGAGGUUCUAUGCUGGGGUGUUAGAAAUCUGAAGAAGUACCAGUUGUCCAGCAUCAAUUCACCAGCUAUUGAGUUUGAAUGUGGAGAACAUCUGCAGACCACCAAAGUGAUGAGAAGCGCCAAGAAGAACCCAAAUUUUGCUGAGCCUCUCUUGUUUUUUGAUGUGAUGUUACCUAAGGAUGAGCUUUACAUGCCUCCUAUGAACAUCAAGGUACGAGAUCACCGUGAGUUUGGUCGUAGACCCGUGGUGGGCAGAUAUUCCAUCUCGUCCCUGAAGGAGUACCGCUGCGACCCCACUGAGUCUCAGAGCUUGUUGGAAACAAUGGGGAAUGGGCCUGGAACACCUACACCCAGUACCAGCAGAGUUAUGGGUACAUUGGAUUUGGCCCAGUCCCGUAUGGCGGAACUGUCGGGUAAAUUCCGAGGAUUAACGGGCAUAGGAUCUCCCAGCACCAGUACUGAGACUGACCACUUGGUCAAAGGUAGCUGAGAAAAAAAAAAUUUGGACCUUUGGGAGUUUUAAUGUUGUUUGACUAUUAUACUUAUACAUCUAAUCCUAUAUUAACCCAGGUUGGCUUUUGCU